GAGCGCCCGUCCAGGGGCCGCGCGAGCAGAUCCGAGAGUAUGUGACCAAUGGGGAUCUCGUGCCAAUCGAGCCGGCAGAUCUUGAGUAAGUGUUGCAACACAGCCAAUCGGGGACCCCCAGGGCCGCGCGGCGCUGCCGAGGCCCCGCCCCAUCGCAUUCCCGGGGUUGCGGCAUGUGGGCCCUGCGGGUCGCCGUCCGCCAGCGGCUUCGGCUCCCCUGGGUAAACUGUGGCCACCCCAAUCCGAGGGCUGUGCAGCCGCUGCCGCCCUGGCCCGCGCUCGCCGCUUUCAGCCGUUGGGGCCCCGGAAAGUUUCCGGGAAGCGGAGCGCGGGGCCCACGGGCGGACGGCCGCCUAAGCCAAGCCGGAAAAGACGAGGAGGAGCCAGAAGAUGCGGACGAGGAGGAAGAAGAGGAGGAGGAGCUGCUGAGAAGGGACCCGCUGCUGCCCGCGGGGACCCAGCGCGUGUUCCUGGUUCACCCUGACGUCAAGUGGGGCCCAGGAAAACCGCAGAUGACCACAGCCACGUGGCAGGUGGCAGAGGCCACAGCACUGGUGCACACCCUGGAUGGCUGGUCCGUAGUCCAGACAAUGGUCAUGUCCACCAAGACGCCCACCAAGAAGCUCAUCUUUGGCAAAGGGAACUUCGAGCAGCUGACAGAGACAAUCAGAGGGUGUCCAGAAAUCACAUCUGUCUUCCUGAAUGUGGAGAGGAUGGCUGCCCCAACCAAGAAAGAGCUGGAGGCGGCCUGGGGCCUAGAGGUGUUUGACCGCUUUACCAUCGUCCUGCACAUUUUCCGCUGCCAUGCCCGUACCAGAGAGGCCCGGCUACAGGUGGCACUGGCCGAGAUCCCCCUACUCAGGUCAAACCUGAGAAACAACAUUGCCCACCAGGACCACCAAGGAGGAGGCUCCCGCUACAUCAUGGGCUCAGGGGAAUCCUUCAUGCAGGUGCAGCAGCGUGUGCUGCGAGAGAAGGAGGCCAAGAUCAGGAGGGCCCUGGAGAGGCUGCGGGGGAAACGGCGCCUGCUAUGCAGACAGCGCACACGGCGGGAGUUUCCAGUGGUGUCUGUGGUGGGCUACACCAACUGUGGGAAGACCACACUGAUCAAGGCUCUGACAGGCGAUGUGGCCGUCCAACCGCGGGAUCAGCUGUUUGCCACACUGGAUAUCACAGCCCAUGCUGGGUCGCUGCCCUCCCACAUGACUGUCCUAUAUAUGGACACCAUCGGCUUCCUCUCUGAGCUGCCCCAUGGCCUGAUCGAGUCUUUCUCCGCCACCCUGGAGGAUGUGGCCCAUUCGGACCUCAUCCUCCAUGUGAGGGAUGUCAGCCACCCUGAGACCGAGCGCCAGAAAGCCAGUGUGCUGUCCUCACUGCGCAGCCUGAAUCUGCCCGGCCCACUGCUGGACACCAUGGUGGAGGUCCACAACAAAGUGGACCUAGUACCUGGGUACAGUCCCACAGAGCCCCACGCAGUGGCCAUCUCUGCCCUCCUGGGGUCAGGGCUGCAGCAGCUGAAAGCAGACCUGGAAGAUGCAGUUCUGAGAGCCACAGGGAGGCAGCUGCUCACCCUCCGUGUGCACCUGGCAGGGGCCCAGCUCAGCUGGCUACAUCGGGAGGCGACGGUCCAGCAGGUGGCUGUGAUCCCUGAGGAGGGGGUGGCCGAAGUGCAGGUCAUCAUCAUCAGCAAGUCUGCCUAUGGCAAGUUCCGGAAGCUCUUCCCAGGAUGAAAACAUCCCCUAGCAGCCCAGGCAGCUGUCCUGCUGAAGUGUUGGGCUCAACUCCUGGUUCUCUGCUGGGCAUGUGUGGCUGUGACCACCCAGGUCUGGGGUCACGGCCACUGCUGUCCAGCAUGGGCAGCUGCCAGUGUCCGCUCCAGACAGGUGCAGUCUGUCUGUCCAAGUGAGCUGGGCCCUGCCCGCCUUCCUGGCAGGCAUCCACAGUGGAUGUUGAAGAUUUGUGCUUGGUUCUCUGAGCCAAGUUCCUGGGUCCUCAGGGCUGACUGUGACCAUGGCUGUGAGUGGUGCCACAGUGGGGCCUCUCCGUCCCAUGGCCCUCACAUAGGCACAGCCAGCCUUGCUUUCCCCACGCUGCUGUCGGAGAAAGGACGAGAGACCCAGCCUCUGGGCAGCACAGAAGGUGGCAGAGGAUGGCAGAGAGAAGACAGCUCUGCUAAGGAGAACUCAGGCGAGGUGGGGAUUGUACCUGAGGACAGGCCUGCUAAGAAAUGCCAACAAGGAGUCCCACCUGCCCCUCGCAGGUGCGUGUGCCCACCGCGUGCCUGUUAGCGGUCUCUACCAAUAUGAAAAAUAAACUUCAUCUAACAGCA